GAGAGCUCCUGACUUCACUGUGCAACUCCUGGGGAUGAUGUUACUAGAGCUUCAAAAUGGGCAACUCUGUGAAGAAAGGAAAAGCUGUAUUUGUCGAUCAGACUCAAGUCAAGAGCAUGCGGCUCUACAAAGCAGCUUUAGAAGAUCAGAGCGGUAAAUCACCAGAAAUAAUCAGAUGUAGAGAUAAUGAGAAUGAUGACAAUGGAUGGAGGACAGGCAAGGAGAAAAGUGGCCUUAAAAUUGAAAUUGAGGAAUAUAUCUGUUCCAGUGAUGUUGUGAUCUUCAGCAAGACAUCAUGCGACAGCUGUGCCAAAGUGAAGGAUCAUUUUGACAAAAUGGGUAUUACAUAUCUGUCAGUAGAGCUAGACCAAAUAGACAACGGGCACAAACUGGAAGAACUGCUGUACGAGCAAACCAUGGAAACAUCUUUACCCAGUGUUUUUGUGAAGGAAAAGCAUAUAGGAAACUAUGAUGACAUUUUAAAGUUGUCUAAAGAAAACCUGUUUCAGAAACUUCUAGAAAAUAAAGAAGAUAAUCCUGACCAAAUCACAUAUGACUACGACUUGAUAGUUAUUGGUGGUGGAUCCGGAGGGCUAGCUGUUUCUAAGGAGGCUGCAAAGUAUGGCAAGAAAGUGCUGGUACUAGACUUUGUGACUCCAUCACCCCUUGGCACAAAAUGGGGGCUUGGAGGAACCUGUGUAAAUGUAGGCUGCAUUCCCAAGAAGCUUAUGCAUCAGGCGGCUUUGCUAAGACAGGCUUUGAAAGAUUCUCAGAAAUAUGGAUGGCAGAUAGCAGACAACAUACAGCACAACUGGGAAACAAUGACAGAUUCUGUUCAGAACUAUAUUGGCUCUCUAAACUUUAACUACAGAGUCGCCCUAAUGGAAAACAACGUGAAGUAUGAAAAUGGCUAUGGAGAAUUUGUAGGUCCAAAUACAAUCAAGUCAACAAACAGUAGAGGAAAAUCGAAAUACUUUACAGCAGAAAAAUUUCUCAUUGCCACUGGUGAACGUCCACGAUACUUAGGUAUUCCUGGAGACAAGGAAUACUGCAUUACAAGUGAUGACCUCUUCUCACUUACUUACUGUCCGGGGAAGACUCUGGUUGUUGGAGCAUCCUAUGUUGCCUUGGAAUGUGCUGGGUUUUUGGCAGGACUUGGUCUAGAUGUCACUGUCAUGGUGCGUUCCAUUCUUUUAAGAGGUUUUGACCAACAAAUGGCUAACAAGAUUGGUGAAUACAUGGAAGAACACGGAGUGAAAUUCAUCAGACAAUUCGUGCCAACUAAGAUAGAACAAAUAGAAGCAGGCACGCCUGGAAGGUUAAAGGUAACAUCACAAGCACCUGAUGGCACAGAGACAACUGACGAAUACAACACUGUUCUGCUGGCAAUUGGGAGGGAUGCUUGCACAAGAAAUAUUGGGCUUGAAAUACCUGGAGUAAAGAUAAAUGAAAAAACAGGAAAAAUCCCAGUUAAUGAUGAGGAGCAGACUAAUGUGCCUUAUAUCUAUGCCAUUGGAGAUGUCAUACAGGACAAACUAGAGCUCACCCCUGUAGCUAUCCAAGCUGGCCGUCUGCUAGCCAAGAGGCUGUAUGGAGAUUCAACUCUAAAGUGUGACUAUGUAAAUGUGCCGACAACAGUAUUUACCCCUUUGGAAUAUGGUGCCUGCGGUUUAUCAGAGGAAAAUGCAAUCAGACAAUAUGGAGAGGAAAAUGUAGAGGUCUAUCACAGUUACUUCUGGCCUCUAGAAUGGACGGUACCAGCGAGGGACAAUAACAAAUGUUAUGCAAAGAUCAUCUGUAAUCUGAAAGAUAAUGAAAGAGUUGUGGGAUUCCAUGUCCUUUCUCCGAAUGCUGGAGAAAUAACCCAAGGAUUUGCAGUGGCAAUUAAAUGCGGCCUCACUAAAGAUCAACUGGAUAAUACAAUAGGAAUUCAUCCAGUCUGUGCGGAGAUAUUCACAACUUUGACUGUGACAAAACGGUCUGGAGGCAACAUCCUACAGUCUGGAUGCUGAGGUUAAACCCUGCUGUUUUCAUUUGUUGCCAUAGCCAAAAGCAAAUUUGAAAAGGGUCUAUCAAAAUCUAGGCCUCAGCUGCUAUGGCAACAGGAAAACAGCAGGGUUAUCCCACAGUAAAAACUGAUGCAGGGCACCAUCUUGGUGCUAUUGUGACGUCACAUCUCAAAGCCAGAUCUGGUGGGCUGUGACUGAAGACCUGCACACUCAGUUUAUCGAUGCUUAACGCUUGCUAAUGAUUUAUGUUAAGCAUUCCAUACCAGAAAACAUAUGCUAGUUAUUUUACUGGUGUAGCACACACAGUUUUGUAACCUUGUUGAUUUCCGUGCUGUAUAUAGGAUUUUUAUUCAUAGCAUUUGCACUUGCUUUUCAUCUGUGAACAAGGUUAGUCAGUGGGCUUCUAUGUAUUGGCUAAAAUGUUAUAUUUAUACAGGAAAUGCUUUAAUAUUAAAACUUUGUGAUAGCUUUAUAUUUAUCUGCAUAGAACAGAUAUUAUCUGUAUUGCUCUUAACAAGUCACCUUUGCAGACAACCCAUAGCUCACUGCAAAAUACUGUACAUCCUUUUUUCCUGAAGUAAUGCCUUAGCAUAUUAAACAACUGUAACUUGAAUAGGCAUAUUUAUUUAUUAGUAUCAUAAGCUAUGAGAGAAAUUCUUUUGUAUUCAGCCUUUUGUCAUCCUUGUGACAUAUAAUAAAUAGGCCAGGAUGUGUACCCGUGCUAUGGUGCUAUACCUAGGAACUGCAAAACAGAAUUUGAAUUUGUACAACAGUCAAUAAAAUUGUACAGUUUUUAGAGGUAGACUGUGAUCUGAAAUAAAA